UGCUGUAAUAUGGGCCCGUACACACAACCGCUUAAAGCACGAUUGAGUUGACGUCACAAAACGGAAUUGUUUGAUUGGCUGCAAUUUAGCGUUUAUAUUAUGCACAACGCAUAGAUAAUGUGUGUGCUCUCUCCCGGCAGGCUGAGAGUGUAGAAUGGGGACGCAAUGUUCCGUCGGAAGCGCGUAUGUGUCUCCUUAACCAUCUCAAGAUUCAAUGUGGGAAUAGCCUGGCGAUGGAUUAAUGUUAGCUCGGUGGCAGAAUAACAGGAAAGUACAAUGAUUUUAAGGAAGUAACCAGCCAACAGAACAGCUCUGUGCGAGUUAGAACGAACGACUGUGUCAGCUUUGCGAUUAUCGAUCUAACCGACAAAGCAAUAUGUCAUCCAGGCGUCCAUCUCUCCCCCCCAUGCCGGACUUGAGUCAUCUGAGCGAAGAUGAGCGGAAAAUCAUUGAAGAUGUCCUCAAAAGACAGAGAGAAGAGGAGGAGAAAGAACAAGAAGUUAUCAGACAAAUGCAGGAUGACUUUGAGAACUAUCAGCAAUCGGUGAAAAAACUAACAGAGGAAACAAGGAAGAUCCCACUCCAGGAUGAAGGUGCUGUCUGCCAGAUCUGCCAUAAGACCAAGUUUGCAGAUGGUGUUGGGCACAGCUGCCACUACUGCCAUCUCAAGUCAUGUGCCCGAUGUGGGGGUAGGAUGGCGCUACGCUCAAACAAGCCUGGCGUAUUUGCCGCAGGUGCCAGUGCAACGGCAGAACCCAAGACAAUGAAAUGGACUGAGCUCAGAUUGCAGCCAGAUGUGCAGAUUAUAUGGGCAUGCAAUUUAUGUCGGAAGAAACAAGAACUGCUUGCAAAGACAGGUGCUUGGUAUCAUGGUGGCAUGGCAAGACCAGUGUCUUUAGACAUGCCUGAACAAAAUCCUGCAUGUGAAAAAUUAUUAACAAAAUCACUAGACACUACUAGCCCGCCGAAUGAAAAGAAACAAAAGAUGCUCCAACAAGAUGGUAGUCAAGGAUCUGAGAAGGAAAAUAUAGAAAAAUCGAAUUUUAGUCGAACAGGUAGUUUACAAGGGAGAGAACUCAAGAGACAGUAUUCAAUGUCAGAUGCACUAACAGAGAAGAAAUCAGCAGAUCUGACGAAUAGCCCGGCUGGACCCGGGUCUUCUAGUGAUAAUAGAAUAAUCUCAGAACAGGAAAAGUUACGAGAACAUGGACAGAUAGAAAGAGGUAGGGGAAAAGAACGCAGCCCUGCGAGACACAGAUUUCACAGUGAGUCCAGGUUGUCAGAGACUGAUAGAAAAUUUAGGGAUGGCUAUGCAGAUAAUCAUCACGUGGAGCGUGAUCGUCAUGGUGAUAGGGGACAGAGGUCUAGGGAAGUGUCUUCUGAUAGGGCAUUAACUGGGCAACGUGGGAAGGAACAUCGAGAACCAACAGAAAGAAGAGGAGAGAGACAUAGGGAUGGAAGAGAACUGGUGUCUCAAACUUCACAUGAUAGACGACAUGGUGAGCGCCAGGAUGAUCGAGACUUGGACAGACGGAAAGAUGGUGGCAAGGACAGACGGAAAGAUGGACAAACAGAACGUUAUCGACAAUCACCUGUGAAUGGACGUCGAGAAUAUCCCGAAAAGGAUUACCGCGGUACACAUGGUGAUUCGCAGGAUAUACGUGAGGGUCGAGGUGUGGAUGCUCGUGAUGGACGCAUUACUGAAAAUGAGGAUGUGCGUGUUGAAAGACGUGGAAGCAGUAGACAUCAUCGGGAGCGUAGCUUGAAGGACCAACGAAGGUCACCCAGUCGAGAACGAGGGGACCGUUAUAAUAAAGAAUUAGAGAUUGAAAAUUUUAAAGAUUCUCAAGUGCCAAGGCAUAGAAUAUUAAUUGAUCAUGCAAGUGAUACACAAUUAACAGCCUCAGAGGAAGGUCGAGAUGGGGACCGAUUCUGUGAUAAGAAACAACAUCUAGAUCCUAGCUCUGCUGCUUCAAGGACAUCACGGAAUAAUCGUAAAAAGUUAGAAAGUAUGUUACGCAAUGAUUCUCUGAGUUCAGAUCCAUCUGACUGUGUUCGCCCACCACCACCAAAACCUCACAAACACAAGCGAGGUAAGAAGCAGCGACAACACUCCCUGAGUAGCUCUGACGAUGAGAUACGGUCAACCCCAGAGUGUUCCAGCUGCGAAGAGCAAGAGAUUGAAAGUGAAAGUGUCAGCGAAAAAGGUUCCCGACUGCGAUCACAUAAAUGGGAUCUAGAAAGCACCAGCGAUCGGUCCUCUCUUAGGUCCACCCGGCCUUCAAAUAGACAUGCUAAAAUGUUGCAAUUUGAGCAAGGGCGAGGCGGCUCCCUCGAUGACGAGAGCGGGUCGUCGGACCGUCAAAUAAAAGAUUCGGGCAUAGACACUGGGUUUUCCAGUAGUAAUCAAACUUUGAAUGAAGACCUUCUUAACUUGCUUAAGCAUCCUGUUACCUGGCAACCAUCAGCGGAUGGCUCCAAGUGGAUUGGUCAUAUGAUCCUGAAGAAAACCCCACUUGAGGGAGGAGGACAGAAGAGCGAUUCCAGCGCUAUACUGGGUCUGAAAGUGAUUGGUGGCAAGCUGUCAGAAAAAGGAAAAUUGGGUGCUUUCAUUGCAAAGGUGAAGAAGGGAAGCAUUGCUGACACUGUUGGCCAUCUUAGACCAGGUGAUGAAGUGGUGGAGUGGAAUGGUCGGUCUCUACAAGGUGCCACUUAUGAGGAGGUGUAUGAGAUUAUCCUAGAGUCCAAGCAGGAGCCACAAGUGGAGCUGAUUGUACAUCGUGGUGUAGACACUGGUGAGGUUCCCCCUGGGAUACAGUCAGCACACACUGACCAUGCCCGAGAUUAUGGACUAAAGGAUGCCAUACCGACAACUGACCGAAGAGGACGCAUCAGUGUUACUGUGACAUCUCCAGGAUCGCCAGGCUUGAGGUCAAGGCCACACACACCGCAGAUUACUGGAAAACUUCAGAUAAAGUUAUGGUAUGACGUUCAAAGCUACCAGCUGAUUGUCACUGUCAUCAACGCAAUUGAGCUCCCAUUGACUGAUGGUGGCAAAUUCCGCAACCCCUACUGCAAGCUGUAUUUGCUCCCUGACCGGAGGCUGAACCGUACUUAUUCUAGUGAGAAGAGCAAACGUCGCACCAAAACAAUAGCCAACACGAUUGAACCAACUUGGAACCAGACCUUUAUAUACUGCCCAGUGAAGGAAUCCGAUAUGAGAGAUCGCCUCCUUGAGAUUACCGUAUGGGAUUAUGACCGAAUUGGAGCCAGCGACUUUCUAGGGGAGGUUCUGAUUGAUCUCACUGCUGCUAACCUUAAUGAUGAACCAUACUGGUACCAGCUUGGUCACCAUGACGACGCCAGCAUACCACUCCCAGCAUCAUCACCUAGAACCAAAACAUCCCAAGAUCCUUACGACCUGAAAGCACAUCUGUCCCCACCGGUGAGCACUCGCGGGCUGAGUGACAGCGAUCUGUCAGAGCUGGACUUUGACGAUGGCAUAGGCGUAGUGCAAGGUGGCGGUAUUGGUCGCAGUGAUGGUGCUAGCAUUAGUUCAGUGGGGAGUUCGUGUAACACUCCCCCAGGGUUAGAUGAACUAUCCGAUGGGAAUGAUCAACGACAUGCAUGUCACCAUGGUGACUGCGAGUCCCCACCCAGUACACGCAGACGAAGCGGAACAGUUGUAGGACGUGAUGAGAUCAGUUCUCGACGGAGACAUAUGACCUCCAGUGGCAGUCUUGAGGUUCCUGACCAUGGGAACUCACAAAGGUCUAGGUCACCAUCAAGGGAGGUAACUCAUGGUGCUAGAUCUCGAUCACGAUCGCCAGCUCCUCAUCGCGUGCCAGAGGUUGUUUCAAGGUCGCUAUCACCACCCGAACUUAGGUCACAAGCUCCACAUGGAGUUCGCGGAGUGCAGGCACGCUCAGCAGGAGGAACUCCACAGAGUACUCCGUCACCAAAGAAGCGGCAGUUGCCAGCAAUACCACUGGAAGCCCAGAUGGCCAGCAGAGACCGAGUGACACAAGACCUGGAAGAGAGAGCGCGCAUGAUGAAGAUGAAGAUAAAGAUGGGUCAGCAUGGUUCUGGAAGUAUACCACUGUCUGACAGUGAAGCGUACUACUCCAGAAGGGAUAUGGACAGGUCCAAGUCUAGAGACAGGAAAGACCGCAGGAUGGAUAUAGAUCGGGAUCGUGGAGAUAGAAUGAGAGACCGAGGCAUGGAUCGGGGAUACGAAAGGGGGCGUGACCCUGAAAGAAGCCAUAGAGGACGCAGAGCUAAAGAAUUCAGCCCGGAGGUGUCCGAUGACGUUGCAAGUGAUGUUUCUGAGACAAGUGACAUGUCUGAAGUGUCCAAGGUCAGCACCAUCAGUGUGAGAUCAACACAGUCAGAACGCCCACACCGGCGUCUCAGUGAGUUCACCUCAAAGAUGGAGAGCAGAACCACCAUGCCUAGACGACAACAGGCUGCCCGCAGCACCGCUAACGACAGUCAGAGCUAUGACCGGAAUGAUGGCAGCAUGUCGGACUCAGCUGUGUCAUCAUCAGUAACAGAGGGACGAAAGCGGCGGCCUAGUCUUGGCCACAAAGUGGCAUCGCUUGUUGGUCUUUCACGUCGGAGUAGCAGUGCCACACAGCUUGCAGAAAAGAAGAAGAAGAGUUCCUUCCAGCGAAGUGAGGAGGUUGGUCCUGUGGAUCUCCGUGGUGGAAUGUCUAAACAAGCCAGUAAAGACUCCACAGAUGGAAGUAUUGGCAGCAUUAGUAGUGACUCCUCAAGUGUACUUUGGCUACCAACCCAUGCACGUCUUGGUCCUGAGGGCCAGUUUGGAGAUUUUGUAGAUGGUUUAGGGCCCUCACAGUUGGUUGGCAGACAGGUCCUUGGAUCUCCGUGCCUUGGCGAGAUUCAGCUCGGUUUGUAUGACAGGAAAGGUCAUCUAGAGGUUGAGGUCAUCCGCGCCCGUGGAUUAUUAUCAAAACCUGGAGCCAGAGUUCUUCCAGCGCCUUAUGUGAAGGUUUAUCUCAUUGAUGGCAAGACCUGUGUAGAAAAGCAGAAGACAACCACAGCAAGAAGAACACUGGAUCCACUGUACCAGCAGCAGCUUGUCUUUACUGAGUCAUACAUCGGCAAAAUAUUACAGGUAACAGUUUGGGGCGAUUAUGGUCGGAUGGACAAGAAAGUCUUCAUGGGAGUGGCUCAGAUCCUUUUGUCAGAUCUCGAUCUUAGCAACAUUGUGAUUGGCUGGUACAAACUGUUUACAACCUCCUCAUUGGUGGGUCAUCAUUCUUCCACCACUGGCCUUGCUCAGUCUUCAUCGCGCGGUUCGACGUCAUCUCUUGAAGCCUUUGGCCGCUCUUAGUAGUAAUGGGACACAGUAGCACUAGCUUUACCUUGAAAACCAGAGUUGUCUCCUCUUGGCUUACAUUUCGAGUUGGUUUUGCCGAAGUGUUUUUCACAUGGUUUUGAGAUGGAUUUGUGUCAGGAUUGCUGCAGCCUGGAACUCCACAUGGAUAGUGAAUAAAUGUUUUUUGACAUGUGUUACUUCAGUGUAUUUCAUUAAAAUUGAUUUUUUCAUACUUGUAGAUGGAUUCUGUAAAGAUAUCUACCAUCAUUGAUACGAAGUGUUUUAUAUUUCAUUUUCAGCAGACUCCGAUGUAGAUGUUUUAGUAGGAAAUGUAGAAACGAUACUACUUGAAGCUUAGAGACUGGUGUUGUCAGUGUUAACUAGGGGGAGACAACUCAACAAUUUCAUGUUAUUCUCCAAUAUCAUGUGUGAAGAGACAGCUUGGCUUGUAUUAAAGUGUGUUAGUACAAGAUAUAGAUUUGGCUGGAUGCUUCGAUACUGCAAGUUACUUCUGAAUGUUUGUUCAUGUGUGAUAUAUAUGUUUAUGAUGGUUUUGACAUUCAUUCAGCUCAAACUAUCAUGUUAUUUCUACUGUUGAUGUUGAUGGUGAGACUACACUGCUUGUGUAAAGCAUUUGACAUAGAUGUGAUAGGGGUACAGUGAAGGGUCAUAGUCAUGUCACAAAUGUUGUUGUUAACCCUUGGAGCCUGCCUGUGCCCGGACAUACGCGUUUGUGUUAAGUGGUUAUGCAAGGGCACGGGGCCAUGGGAACUGACUGUGUUACCUUUUCUUCUCAAGUUUCAAAUGCAAUAUACAUGUUCAAUGGAGGGUGUUGACUUUCAAAGGGAGACAAUUCAGGAAGAUAUCAGCAUCUUCUGGGUCAUCAUUGCGGUAUUCUUCCUUGAUUCCCCUUCAGUUGGAGGAUUCUCAGAGGUUAAUAAUAUGCUCAGGAAUACACCUUCACGAGGAACAUAUACAUAUAUUCCAUCCCAUUACCUCCGAAAAGCAAAGGAUGAUGGGAUAUGUGGAACCUGAGAUGAAUUUUGAGAAGGAUCAAUGUAGCGUGACGAUAGCUAGGUUCACCGUUUGCUAAUGAUUGGAUUUUUAGGUACUCUUCCUACACCAAUUUGUGCUUAAGAUUGUUUUAUGCAUGUUGUCAUGGAGAUACACACCAAGAGUGUUUUAUGCAUGUUGUCAUGGAGACAUAUUGUCAUGGAGACACGCACACUGAGGGUGUGUAUGGGAGUCUGGACCAUUACAUGGGGAGCAAGUACACUAGACAACAAGGAACGUGUGAUUGUAGGGACCUGUGGUAUCAAGGUGAUAGCAUCAUUCAAGGGUAUUAGAAUGGUGUAUUUGAAUUCAGAAGCUGCAUUUUGGACAGAAAUAUUUGUGUGUUGCUGUGUUGACAGUCUAGUUAAUUCACAAUGUUGUAAUAAAAUGACCUACCUUCUAUAUUGUUGAUGUUUUAAUGAUGUUUGCCCAAAUAUUUUGAACAUUUAAUACUUUUCACUGUUUAUAUGAAGUUCAGAUCCAGGCAUGGGAUAUUUAGGGAUGUCUAUGGUGUAGGCUGUAAGAGGUGUCUGUUUGUACAAGGAGUUAAAUACAUGUCAAUGUUGACGUUAUCAAAUGAUUCUUUUUUUUCGGUUUUGUUUAACUGAAAAUGUCUUUUUAAUACCGGUACAUUAAAGUCUUUUUAUUGGUCGUGCAUAAAGGUCAAGUAACACGUUAUCUUUGAAGCAAAGGGACUUGAAAUCUGACUGACUCUCUUUUGUACUCUUUUGCACAGUUCAGUGUAGCUCUGCUACAAACAAGAAUUAUAAUGGAAUGUCCUAAAUAAAUAAUAUUUGAAAUAUAAAAUUGAAAAAAAUAUCAUUUGAUGACACUUUUUUCGUGUUUUCACAAAUUUCAUAAUACUGAUUGAUGUUUGUUAAUAUCUUUCUUGGAUAAUUCAGUUGUUUGACAGUUACGUUACAAAGAUACCAGGAUCUUGGUAGAUGAUAAUGAAUGUGCACUCCAGUGAUAAUCCUGUAAGGACAAAGUAGUGUUUAAUAUUAAUUGACCAAAUGAAAGAAAUUCAUUAUAUGCACAUUACAAGAACUAUUAAAAGCAUGUUUCCGUACCACAUACUUGGAAACACAAAAGUCAGGUGUUUGAAUUACAAUGAAAGUAAAACAUCAUCAGUUUUAUGACAUUUAAGGCAAACAAACCUUCAUUCGUUUCGAAAAUCAACAGCCUUACUGGUGACACCAGCAUGAAGUUGGUUCCAGUACUGCCUAUACAUUCACUGUAAAAAAGCAGAUCUUGUUUUUUGUCCUCACCUGCAUGACUUUCUCUAGUCAUUGCUGAAAUUGUUUGAGUAACCAUUGGAAGACAUUUAAAGGAUGACAGUUUUCUAUGGAUUUUCAAAAGCACCUUGUUUCAGUUGUUUUUCCAUCCAUCGCAUAUCAGAUGUAGCUGUUCUUUGAUCGGGGAGCAAGAAAUAGAUUUGAAACGUUAUAUGAAGACUGUAUUCAUUUUUUCAUCCACUAGAUUUAUUUUAGAUUUUCAAAUGCCCAAAAUAUUAACCCCAGCAUGAAUUAUUUGUCAUGCUCAUUACAUCUGUAUAUGUCAAAUGUAACCCUAAGUUGAAAUUGCACACAAACUGGUGAAUGUGUAGCUGGUACUUCUAUGGAGGUUAAACUUUCUUCACUGGCAUAUUGGAGGCAUGUCAUAAUGAUCACCCAGAAUAACAACAGAACUGAAAAUAGGUGACCCAACAUGGAAAUUAAGAGAAAACAGAUCUGGACACUGCUUCCCUUGUCAGAUGAUAUGUGUGUAGUUACUCCUUGUACAAAGACUUCCUUAAGACAGAUCCAAGACUACCCAGGUCACAUUGGACCUAAUAACCAAUGACGACACUUUUGACAACAGUAUUGCCUUGACCCUGUACCUACAUGUGGCCACGUACAUGAUCUGUUGAACCUGUUUGCAUGAAAUUAUUCUUCGUUGAAAGAGUCUUAUACAAGUCAUUUAUAAGCCCAAAUGGUUUUAUUGUGGAGAGACUCAUUUGAAAUAUUCUUAUUUUACCUUGGAAUUCAUGUCAGAACCUUGGAAUUCAUGUCAGAACUUGUACAACGUUGAAUAGUGGACUAUCAACACAUGCAGCAAUAGACAGGACGUGUAAUGAAAUCAGAUGAAUACACAUUGUUGGUGCCAAAUAUCCUCUGAUCUCCUGUGCAGUGUUUGUUCUGGGGGUCACAUUCCAUGUGCAUGCAUUCAACUUGAAUACAGUUAGGGAGCAUGUCAAAAUCUAAAAUGUUCUUUUCCUCAAAGUUUUUUCAAAUUGUAUAUGAUAUAAGAAACAUGCAUCUUUUCCUCCAUGCAAGAGCUUGUUCCUACUCCCUGUUUAGAUAUUGCAUGCUAAUGCUGUGAAUGUAACAAAUUUACUUGAAACAUGAAACAAGGGAUGUUUGACAUGUUCCCUAGGAACUCAUUUAUCUACUAAUGCCUUAUGAAUGAUUUCUUUAACAACAUUGUUGAUACUAGCCUAGAUGUACCCUAGUGUUGUAGAUAUUUGUGAAGCUGUUGGAAGAUGUAGACUUUAGCUUAAAAUAUGGGAUCAGCAUUGCAAGACCAUAGCUGAUCUACCCUUAUAUUUAUUUGUAUUUGGUUAUCUCCCCUUGUACAUUGUGAAAGAGUUACAUCCCUUUAAUCUUGUUCAUAUUUGAAUCCCCAAGUGACAACUCCCUUGCAAUUACGCAUUGGAUAGUUUCUUACCAAUUAUAUGUGUAUUUUACAUGUAAUCUUUCUUAUUGUUUGUUUUUAUACACAACACAUCAAAAAUUGUAUAUUGUUGUAUGAAAUGAUAUAAUGCACAGCUUCAAUUGUUAUUGAAAGAGUCACUCUAUUGUUUAUUACAUUACCCAUAUGUGAAAAUUGCUUGCUUUUAGUCGUACAUUCCACAAAGUGAUAAAUACUUGUUGAUUAUUUGAGAUUAUAUCUACACUUAAAUUACAUCUUACCAUUUCAGAAUACUGCAUGUUGCACAAUUUGUUCUCGAAAAUAUGUUGAUUGUCUUUAAUGUAUAUUCAAAUACUAAAUGGUUACAAAUACUUUUUGAUGUAAAAAUAUUGGUUGGAUUUUGUAGAUUUUAAUAAUUAAAAUCAGGGAUUAUGUAUAUGACUACUUAUUUGUUCUAAUAGUUACUGUUCUUUAAAAAUAACCUGUUCUUAUAUCUUGGCGUAGUGAUAUUAACAGUUUGAAACAUUGAGCAUCACAGCUGGUCCUUGUUGACUGACUUUGAAAGCCUUAUUCAGGCUUUUGAAAUUGGACUGUUGUUACUUUGAAGCAUAUUACUAUUGUUAAUAUGAAUAUAUAGCCAUAUAUGUGUAGGUUACCUAUGCUGAAAUAAGCUGAAGAGGUUCUGUAUAAAACCCUUCUACUGAUACUAAACCUGUCGUCUGCGAGGAAAGUGAAAGUGUUUUGGUGUUCAAUGAUUGUAUUUUAUGGUAUUUUGGAUUGACAUAGUCAUUGUUCAUAUGUAAAAGAAAUGGCUAACAAAUUGAAAAACUAUAUACAUUUAUCACAAAUGGCGAUGAUAUUUUUUUUUUUUUUUUAAACACCAGAGAUUAGUGAAGAUAAUAUGGCUUCUUAAAUCAAUUAUGGGAUACAUUAAUUUGUCUCAAAUGGCAGUGAUCCAUUUUCUUUUGAACACCAGCCAUCGGUUCAGAUAACAUGGCUUCUUAAAAGAAUUAUGAGAAUACAUAAAUUUGUAAAUUAAAUCAUAGGCCAUGAAUGCAAAUUAUAUAUCCAAUCAUCAGUCUUUAACUGGUUUGAAUGACGUAGAAUGAAAGGAACGUGGGUGAGAGAGAUGGCGGUUUUCUUCGGGGUCACAUGUGUCAACACACAAGAGAAAUGACCAUUUUGAAAUAAAGAUAUUAGGUCAAUAUGUGUUCUCAUUAAACAGUAUGUUAUGAUGUUGUAGUCUGUGAUAUUUUGUUAUUAAUUUCCAAGUAUGUUUUCAAAACGUUUAUAACUUUAACUAUAAAUUCUUUUGUCAAAUAUGUUUAACAGACCCAGGCUUACCUUCAGUCUCCAGUGUUCAAAGCUGCACAGUUUAUGGUUACACUAUGCUGGUGUGUGACUCAUCCCUCGGAUACUGUUGAGGGUCUCGCAGAAACUGUUCUAUAUAUCAAAAGUUGCACUUAUAACAAUAAUAAUGUGAUAAUAAUAAUGCGAUCGUACAAAAUGUAUACUUUAAAAACUGUCAACAUUGAGAUUCGAGAGUGAAACAAUGUGUUUUUGGUCGGACUAUGAUCCUAUGCCUACAUCUAAAAUAAGCUUAACUUAGAAACCUAAAAAAAUAUACAUUGAGUCAGACAAGAUUAGGAAAUAUGGAAGUUUAUAUCUUGAAAGGGAUGAUUUCCACUGCUUCAAAUGAAGUAUUGAAUUAAGUUCUAACCUACAGAAUCUCCCAAAAGCCUUGUCCAGUAAAGUUGUUUUUCUUUAAUUCUAUUUUUGUGCCUGUUGUUAGUUGUUUACUAUAAUGUCCAUUACUCAGUAUUGCAAUGCAUGUGAUAUUUGUUUUAUUUCUCUAGUGUGCAAUAUACUCUGUAUAAUACUAGACAUGUUCUAUUCCUCCAGGAAUGCCUGGUCAUUGUGCUACAGUGGGAUGAGAUGCCGUGGUCUUGCACUGAUGAUCAUCGUUAGGGUUAACUAGAUACACAGUUGUAUGGGUUAACUAGCUCUAAUCAAUGUGUGAUUGACUAAUUAACAAUGGUGAAGAGAAUUCAACCAGUCAGCAUAACUGAUGCAGCUGCCACUGUGAAAUUGUUCUCAACCCAUUUGUUACAAACAUUGUCAUUGGACAGCAUCCAGUUUGGAUGAUGUCCUUUGUAUCAAGGUCACGUUCAACUGGUGAUUUUUUAAAUCAUAGUUCAUUUCAUUUAUUUAUUCUUUGAAUAUAUACUUUAUUUAUUGAAGUUAGUUUCCCGUGAGCACGAGUGACAGAGAAUGGACCAUUACGUGGAGAAAAGUCUGUCUGUGCAUGCAUGGCAGACGUCAUUGUUCAUAUCAUUCUGUACAUUCUAUGUACAUUGCUGUCUUCAUUGUGUACAUUAUGUUACCAUGGUAUGUGUCUAAACAGCUACUGAAGUAUGUAGAACAUUUCCCAGAUCAACUCCCAAUAGUUCUUCUAAUGUUCAGCUGUACAUAAAGCAGUCCAGUGAAGUGAAGAGAGUAGUGGCCUUGUCUGAAACACUAGUCAAGUAAAACCAGGUUUAGUGAUCUCUCGAACAGUAAAACACGGUUCAGUAAAACAUGGUGCAGUUCAUAUCCCCAACAACAAAACAUGAUAUCCGUGACAGUAUACCAACUACAAUUCAUUUAUUUACUGAACUCCGGUUUGAAUCGGUAAUGACAAACAUGAAAAUUAUUCAAACAUGUUUUGAAAAAUGUAAUAAGCUCUAAAUUGCAUGUAUUAAUGCUUUGUGUCAACUAUUAAUGUCCUAGCAGUAAAAUAUAAUCAGUACUGAAUAGCAACAAUGCUUAAAGAAUAAUCCAAUUUGCAGCUUUUUAGUGUGUUGAGGGCAAGGUCCUGUUUCUCUUUAACUCAUAACUCCACACUGACAUGAGCGGGAACAACUCAACUUUUGACAAUGUGGUUUUUAUUUACUUUUCUCUUCUUGAGAUGUUCCCUUUUAGAUCUCUUUAGAUAUAGGUGAUCUUCAGUGCUACUCUUCUUGUAGCUCAAGUUUGCCUCAUUGUCACCAAACUAAUAACAAAGGGGUAUUGUAAUACAACUUAGAGAGUUGAGCAGUUUUGCAAGAAAGGCUUCACAAAGUAGUUAGGCACUUUAGACAGUUUAAGGAUACUUGAAAAUCUGAGUGUUUUCCAUUAUGAUGUUAACUAGGUAAACUGCAACACCUCUCAUAACAUGUUAUGUAUUCAUCUGCAUUCUGUGUUUCAAAAGCAGUGUUUGAUAUCAGUAUAUAAACUGUGUAUAUCUCACAAUUCAGCUUGCUAGUGUUAAAUACAUUAUAGAUAUGUGCCAGCAUAUAUAUUAGGAAACACCUUUCAAAGCUUUUAGUGUUUUCAUGGAGACCCCUAGUGUUACAGGCUAGAUGGUUUAGUUAUGCCAACUGGGUGACUGUUCAUUGAUUUAGAUUGACCCGGGUAGUAUGUUAUGAGUCUUAUCCCCAUGUUGUCAUGUUAGAAACUACUAGGUUCAUAUGGUGUAUUCCAUGGCAUGUAUAUUCAGUGACUCUGAGGCAAAUUUGAUACAUGAGCCUAGAAUGCAUAUAGCCUUUGUAGGCUAAAAACAACUCCAGAUUUUUAUACAUUUUUUUCAUUCUUUAGCAGGCAAUCUCAGCUAAGAAUUUUUUUCUCUCCUAGACUUUCGAGUGGCAAAAUAAAUCCUAUUAUUAUGAACUGAAUAAAACUUUAAUAUGGUUU